UGUGCCUCAGCACCGUCUUGGCCUCAAGGCUUUCCGGGGUGGGGACAGGGCGGCUGGGCCUUGCGGGCCCGGAGGCUGCUGCGGGCCACGGCCUCCUCUGUGUGGGCCCGAUGGGGCGGCCGGCGGCCAGACUGGCCCUCCUCCUCCUGCUGCUGUCCCGGCGAGGCGCACGAGGGGCCCCCGGCCGGGGCACGCCACCUCCUGUGGUGCUGCCUCAGUGCUGGGAGAUGCUGCUACUUCACCGCAGACUCGGCCACCAGACUGCAGUUCUCUGACCAGGAUGGGGUGUCCGUGCUCAAGCCGGUCACCCUUUGGGUGGAGUCCCGGGCCGCGAACCAGACGGAGAGGUCACCCGCGGUGACCGUGGUGCUCCACAGCGUGGUGAAGUACCACCCUCCCCCAGAGGCCAUCAAGGUGUCCAGGUCCGCAGGGCAGCUGCGAAUGGCGUGGGAACCCCCGGCCCACCAGGAGGGAGCAGAGGUGCAGUUCCGAUACCGGGUGCCCGGCGGCCCGUGGGUGUUGGGCAACUGCGGACCUCAGAAUGAAACUGAGUCCUGUGUUUGCCCCCUGGAGACGGACGUGGCCCAGGAGUUCCAGCUCCGGCGGCGGCAGCUCCAGCAGGGGCCCCCGGAAGGUCCCUGGAGCAGCUGGAGCAGCUCUGUGUGUGUUCCCCCAGAAACCCCUCCUCCGCCCGAGGUCCUGGUGGAGCAGCCCGGGUUGGACGGGAGGCGGCUGCUGACGCUGCACGGGCAGCCCAGCCAGCACGAGCUCCUGGAAGGCUGCCGCGGGCCGGCCCCUGGAGGGCAGGUGAGCUACCAUGUGCAGCUGAGCAUGCUGUCCUGCCCGUGUAAGGAACAGGCCACCAGGACCCUGCGCCUGGGGCGCAAGCUCUACCUCUCGGGCCCCGCCUACAGCGUGUCCGUCUUCUCCCGGGAUCACUUCGGCCCCAGCAGGAACUGGACCUGGCACAUCCCCGCUCACACCCACCCAGCCACGCACAGCUGGAGCCACACGGUCCCCGCCCUGGCCGAGGAGGAGUGCUACCGCGUCACCAUCUUCGCCUCGACGCGUCCGGAGAAGCCCACCUCCUGGGCCACGGUGCUGUCCACUCACCACUUCGGGGGCAACGCCUCGGGGGCCGGGACCCCGCAGCACGUCUCGGUGAGGAAUCACAGCCUGGACUCGGUGCACGUGGCCUGGAGUCCGUCCCCGCUGAGCGCCUGUCCCGGGGCCCUGAAGGGAUACGUCGUGCGCUGUCGAGAGCAAGAUGGCGGCCGGGUGUCAGAGCAGGCCGUGAAGCCCUCGGAGACCCACGCCACCCUCCGCGGCCUGCGAGCAGGGGCGGCCUACACGGUGCAGGUGCGCGCGGACACGGCCGCGUCCCGGGGCGUCUGGAGCCCGCCCCAGAGCUUCCAGAUCCUCGCCGCCCCGGCCUCCGACACGUCCGUGUUCCUGGCGUCGCUAGGCGGUUUCCUGAGCGUCCUCCUGCUGGGUGUCCUUGGCCACCUGGGUCUGAGCAGGGCUGCACGGCGCCUGUUCCCACGCCUGCCCACGCCCGGUGCGAGCUCCGCCAUCCAGCUCCCCGGCAGCCAGGGGAAGCAGACUUGGCAGUGGGCCAUCCCGGCAGACUUCCCGGAGGAGGCAUCCCUGCACGAGGCCCUGGUGGUGGAGAUGCCUUGGGACCAGGGCCAUGGGACGGACACUCCCAAGAAGACAGAGCCACCUGGGGGCACCCCCGAGCGGACCGCUGACCCAGGGCCGGCCCUGGAGGGCGGGGACAGGG